AGGAGCCCGGCCCCUCAGCCGCCUGCAGGUCAGACAUCUGCAGCCCGCGCACGGAGCUCUCCGCUGCCAGCCGCCAGUGGCUCCGGAAACAGCCGAAGGCCGAGCGAGCGCCGAGCACAGCCGAGCGCAGCCUGCAGGCCGGAAGAAGCGGCGCGGCGGUCGCUUGAAAAGCUAGCUGACCCAGGGGUGGCCACAGGAGCUCUGGCCCGCUGAGGCUGGCGAUGCGGCCGCGGGGAGGGUUACUGCGUGCCUCUGACAGAGGAUUUUUAAAGUCAGGGCUUGAAAGAACAAACAAAACCUGGGGAAAAGUCAGGAAGACACUGCCGGAAAUCGUGGUAUCCAUAGAGACGCUAUCGGAAGUUGGGGUUGCUAGGAAGCCGCGGCGCGUCUGCUAAGCUGCAAAUGGCUGAAGUCCCGGAGGAUUAUGAUUCCGGCCCAGAUGAAGAUGGAGAGCCGGAGCCUGAGAGGCCUGAACUGCUUGGACUUAAUAAAUUGUAUGAAAAUGCCGAACCAGACACCAUGGCAAAGGCAGACUCGAAGCUACCAGCAGAGAUUUACCAAGAGCCACAGCCAGAGACCGAGGAAGAGGACUUCAAAGAGGGGGAGCCAGACAGUGCUAAGAACGUGCAGCUGAAACCUGGCGGGACGUCCCAGGAAGGAAUUGCCAGGAAAUCGAAGAGAGACAUACCAAGCGAAACUCAAGCAGGGAUACCCCAAAAGGUAAAGUGGGAAACAUCCAGAGAGAUGGGAGAGUUUUUCAAAGAUUUGGAGGCCCCUAUGGAUGAAACGCAUGAAGAGUCAGACCUAGAGCCACCAGUGGAGGCUAAACCAAAUGUUACAGAGGAUGUGUUCCUAGAGUCAGCUAUGGAAACAGAUCCAGAUCCAGUGCCACCAACGGAAACCAUGUCUGAGGUUUUGGGAGCCACGGUCAGAGAGAUAAAUUUAGAAUUACUAGAGGAGGAGACUGAACCGGGGGUUCCAGAGGAAUCACUUAGAGUGCAACAUGAAGAGACAGGUCUGGAGGCUCCAGAGCAGACCAAACCAGAUUUUCCAAGUGAGAAACCAGGAGAAUCCCUUGAAGAGACAGAUCUUCAGCCACCAAAGAUGACCAAACCAGAGAUUCCAGAGGAGACACAAAGAGAGUCAACUGAGAAGAAAAGGACAGAGCCACCCGAGCAGGCUAGACCGGAAUUUCCAGAGAAGGAACCAAGAAAGUCUAGUGAGGAGGCAAGUCUAGAGCCUCCAGAAGAGACUCAACCAGAGGUUCCAGAGGAGAUGCAAAGAAAGGCAACUGAGGAGAAAGGGACAGAACUACCUGAGCAGACUAAACCAGACUUUCCAGACCACAAGCCAAGAAAGUCUACUGAUGAGAACGUUCCUGAGCCACUAGAAGAGAUCAAAUUAGAGUUUCCUGAGGAAGAAUCAAGAAAACCAAAUGAGGAAACAAUUCUAGAACAAUCAGAAAUGAUGAAACCAGAAAGUCCAGAAGAGAUAAAAAAGUCAAAUGAGGAAAAAAAUCCACAGCCACCAGAGGAGACUGGUCUAGUGCUACCACAGGAGAUCAACCCACAAGUUGAAGAGAAAACACAAAUAAAGCCAACUGAGGAGAAAAUUCUAGAGUUACCAGAUGAAACCAAACCAAGAGAGACACAUGUAGAAUUUUCCAAGGAAGACAGGCCAGAACCAAUAAAGUCUAAGUAUUCUGUAGGAAACGAUGAGCUAGAGCACCAUGAGCCUAAAAGAGGAAAGUUGUCACUAAGUGACGAAUUUAGAAAAGAAUAUUACGCAUUAGGAUCUAUCAGAGAAAGUGAAGAAUCAAUUGGUACACAUUAUGAGUUUUUGCAACCACUCCAAAAAUUGCUUAAUGUCAGUGAAGAAUGCUCAUACUCAGAUCCCUCAGAGUCUCAGACAGAAUUAAGUGAGUUCGUUCGUGAAAAGGAAGUUGUAGAUUUGUCCCACGAGUUGAAGGAACUGGUCUCUGAAGAUGACAAAACCCAGCCAGAAAAAGGGACUGAGUUACAAUUUGAGCAUCUUAAUUGGGAUCCAGAGGAAGUUGCAGAGUGGAUUAGCCAGCUAGGCUUCCCUCAAUACAAGGAGUGUUUUAUUACAAACUUCAUCAGUGGCCGAAAACUCAUUCACGUCAACUGCUCAAACCUCCCUCAGAUGGGGAUAACAAACUUUGAGGACAUGAAGAAACAAGGAAUUGGCAGGGCGCAGUGGCUCACGCCUGCAAUCCCAGCACUUUGGGAGGCCAAGGUGGGCGGAUCACCUGAAGUCAAAAGUUCGAGACCAGCCUGGCCAACAUGGUGGAACCCCAUCUCUACUAAAAAUACAAAAAUUAGCCAGGCGUGGUGGUGCGUGCCUGUAAUCCCAGCUACUCAGGAGGCUGAAGCAGGAGAAUUGCUUGAAUCCAGGAGGCAGAGGUUGCAGUGAGCUGAGAUCGCGCCACUGCACUCCAGCCUGGGCGAAAGAGCAAGACUUCGUCUCAAAAAAAAAGAAAGAAA